UUUGCUACUCGGAAAAUAUUUGGCUACACCUUUAGCAAUGAAAAGGAAGUCGUAGAUUAUGUAACCGUAAUGGCACCUUUGAUUUGUGUUAGUAUCAUAACCGACAGCCUUCAAGGUGUUCUUUCGGGUAUUGCUAGAGGAUGUGGGUGGCAGCAUAUAGGUGCUUUUGUGAAUCUUGCUGCUUUCUACCUGUUCGAAAUUCCUGUCGCUGCAAUGCUAGGCUUUCGGGUGCACAUUAGGGGAACGGGCGAAACUGUUAUAACUUUGCUAAAAGUUACUAUUUUAAUAAGUAAAAUGAGUUUAUCAUUUUAAAAGAAAAAUUUUACUACGAUUUUUAGAUAUCAGAUUUAUUAUUUUUGGGGACAAAAUAAAUUAUACGAUGAAAAAUAUGGGUAUAUUAUCCACCUCAUACUGUGAUAAGUACGAGUAGGAAGUAAAUCACCCACGUUUUGUCACUAUGGCCUAUGACUCACACCUCUCAAUCUUACUCACCAAAAUAAAACCCCUUUUCGUAAGUUAUAUAACCUGUAAGAGUACUUUCUCUACUUUUUCCUUCAUACCAUUAUCACCUUCUUCGUAGCUUCUCAAAGAAACACAAAACUGAGAUCAAACUCCACCUUUAUUUCUUCAUAAAGUGGAACAAAAGUCUAAAAUUUUACCAACCUUCAAUCUCAAUUUUAGAAAAUUUUCACUCAAAUUUUAUCAAACUAGAAUCUAAUUAAAGUAUUUUGAUGAUUGUAGCUAUUGUAGAAGAAGGAGGACACAUCUAAUUAUCACCAUCUCCAUCUCUUUUAUGUAGGAGUAAGUUUUCUUUAUGUGAUCUUGAAUUCAUACUUGUAUAUUAAUUUAAUGGCUAAUAAGGCCUUAAAUUGAUAUUUGAAUGUUUUAAAGUAGUUUAUUAUUUGUGGAUUCAAUUUGGGUCUUUGAUUCAAAUUUAAGCAACUUAAAUUUAAGAUGAGUAUAUGAAUUCAAUUAGUAAUUGAUUUGUCUUUGGUGUUGAUUAGUAUUGGUUGCUUGGGGUAUUUAGGUUCUAGUAUAAAUUUAGUAUUUUGGAUAUUGACAGAAAUGGAGUGUUCUAUUUUGGUCAUUUUUGGGUCAGUUGUGAUUGUUUUUGGGUUCUAGUGUCUUCAUAAGAUUUGUAGAUCUUCGAGUCGUGGUCGUGUAUCCACUUGAAUCGCUCCAAAAUGAGUUCGUAUGAGGGAGUUAUGUCCAAAAUACUAACAGGUUGUCAUAAAAAUCAACAAUAAGCUUUCAAUUGUCUUCAUAAGAAUUGUAGAGCUCUGAGUCAGAGUCGCAUAGCCACUUGAAUCGCCCCCAAAUGAGUUUGUAUGAGAGAGUUAUGACCAAAAUACUAACAAAAUGUCAUGAAAAUUGAGAAUAACCAAUUAUGAGAUUAAUUGUUCAAAUUGGGAUUUCAAUUGGGUAUUUCUUUAAUCAAGUAUUUAAGAUUAUUUUAUGUUUCUUUAUUGGGUAAUUAUGGAUAGUAUGAGUUUGUUGAGUAUUAUUAAUGGUGAUGAAAAAGGGAGCUUGGAUUGUUAUCUUUUGGUGUUAUAA